CGAACACCUGUUUAAAUUGCCCUUUUAAACACAUCGCAUGCGCCCGGAUCACCAAAGGAUGGAUGUCUUCACGAGUGUUCAUCAUUUAGGAUUACUCGUGUGAAGAAAAGGCCAACAUGAUGCUUUAUAAAGGAUUUAUUCUUUUCCUGAUUGCUGGUCCUGGAAAUGUGGAUUCCUUAUCUUGUUAUUCGUGUAACAACGUUGACAGUUUAGAUAGUUGUAAAACUAUUACAACAUGCGGAAAAAGAGAGUCCUGUUUCACACGUUUAGAAAAGAAAGGACAAUCUGCCUCAUUCACACUCGGAUGUACACAAAAUGAGAAUUGUGGUAGUGUACCAGUAUACAAUAAUGUGUCAAAGUUGAGCAAUGGUCAAAUGAUACAAGAGUGUGAAGAAUGCUGUGGUGUUGAUAAAUGUAACAAAGACCUUUGCAACUAUAAGACAUCGCCGCCCUGCAGCGAUUAUAUAGAGAACUGUGCAUUCUGGAACAAAGGUUAUGACAUCUGUGAAGAUAUUCAUCAAGCCAAGUUACACUGUCGUAAAUUCUGCAAAUUAUGUGAUCUAGUUGAUGGAAACUGGGCCGAUUGGUCAUCGUGGUCAUCAUGUGAUGUCACAUGCGGUCAUGCAAAACACACACGAAUCAGAACGUGUACCAACCCUGCACCUGCUUACAAAGGUCUAGAUUGUAAUGGAACCAACACGGACUUUAAACCUUGUACUCGGCCAUUAUGUCCAGUUCAUGGAGGCUGGGCGGGAUGGUCAAGUUGGGAGCCAUGCCCUGUAACUUGCAAUAUAGGUAUACAGAAGAGACAUCGUACAUGUACAAACCCGUCUCCAUUACGGCAUGGCGACCAUUGCUUUGGUGACAGUUUUGACGUGAAACUAUGCCAACAAAAACCGUGUGAUGCAUCAAAUGGAGGUUGGGCAGAUUGGGUCACAUGGAGUACAUGUAGCGAAUCUUGCGGUGUUGGAGUUAAAACCAGGUCAAGGUCAUGUACAAAUCCAGUACCUGGAACUCAUGGAGAGCCAUGUGUUGGAGAUAACAUACACGUAGAUACCUGUAACGAGGAAGAUUGUCAAUCAGACUCAGGUGUGGCUUUCAACGCUUACUAUGUAACUGACUUCAGUCCAGUUUCCGGUCAGACUAUGAUUUUUUCCAAGACUCUUUUGAAUGAAGGAGAUGCAUACAACACUUCGACUGGUAUUUUUGUUGCCCCAAGAAAUGGAACGUAUACAUUUGAAGCACAAAUGUGCACUGGUCAUCGAAAAAGCAUGCAGUUUGAUAUAAUGGUAGGAUCAGUUGUACAUGCGACUGCAUAUGGGUAUGAUUAUGACAACGCCGAUUGUGUGUCGACACAUGCGAUAGUAAAAUUAAACACAGGCGAUAGAGUUUCUGUUGAAUGGAAAUAUUGGUCAUAUGCUACCAGCAACGUUAUUCUUCAAAACGUUAACUUCUAUAGAAAUUCAUUUUCUGGAAAAUUGUGAAACCCAAAAUAUAUAGUCGAAAUAACUUGAUUAUUGUUAUUACCAGUCCGAUAAUUGUAAAAAAGCAAGAACAAUCACAUAAUCAUGGAAUCUUCUCGACUUUCCGUUGAUGAAAAAUACUCAUAUUUAACGUAUUCAACGUCAAAUGAACGACAAUUUAUCUUCUGUUAUAAUAAACCUUUUUAGGUAGGGUUAGAAUUUAACUGAUAAUAAAAAGAUCAGUUUAAGACACUUGAUAUGAUAAAAUAGAACGAAAUUUCUUUAUUUUAAUUUUAAGACAUGUGCAAACACCCGUUUAUAUCAAAUGUCGCUUUCAAUAUGGGAAUUAAUGUAACAUGUUAUUCAUUAUUGCAUGACAUUAAAUGAAUUCAUAUAAUAGUAUAAAUUCAUGCAUUUUUAUAAAUAUGUUUUUAUGAUAUUGUUUUUGAAAUACCGUACGAGUUAAAGCCAAAUUCAUAAACUGGCGAUUAAAGGAUAUAAUGUAAGAACGUCAAGGUAAUUCAUGAAAACAGCAUAUAAAGGAUGUAAAUACUAUAACAUUCAAAGUAAAUGAUCAUCCCUGUUUUUAAGUAACUGAAUUUCAAUUUUAUCGGUUUAUUUAUGUUUUUAUUUUAUUUUUGUUUUAAAGAUUCAUUUAACACAUCUAGCUGAGUGCUAUAAAUAUAGCCCCAUAGGGAGCAUUAAUUGAAGGAUAAAUGUUUCUCGUGGGACUCGUUUCGAUAUUCCCGCUUCGUGAGCCGCGACGUAGUUAAAAUGUUACCGAUUUGUUUCCGCCUGGCGCCUGGCAUAGUGAUAGGAGUUGGGAAGAACAUGGUAUGUAAGCAAAAGGUGUCUGUGAAGUCAGAAAUGGCUGGCCCUUUCGUGUGUGUGUAUGUGUGUGUGCGUGCGUGCGUGCUGUGUGUGUGCGUGUGUGUUUGAGUUUGUGUGUAUGUGUCUGAUUAAAAAUCAGAUAUCGUAAGGGUGUGUUAUUGUGAGUAUUUUAAACUGUUUAGCAUUUUUAAAAAGCAAUUUUGAUAAUAUUUUUACUGUAUAAUUAUAGACAUAACAUUACUUAAUAUAGCUAUAAUAUCAAAAGAAAUAACUGUUUUGGGGAAAAUUUAACUUUUUUCUUUAUAUAAUAGGUAAUAUGAUAUUUUCAUUUCUUAGCUGAUAGAAUGUAACUAAGUUUAUUUUUUGCAAUAUGUUUUCAUGUAAUUACAAUUUCUAACAAUGUAUCAAUGACUAUUUUACAUAAUAUUAACCUGUAUUAUCUUAUUAUUUGUAACAUUUAUUUGCACAUAAUACAUGUAAACGUUACGUAAGUUACAGUAACCAAAAGUCUUUUUUCUUCAAUAAAUGUGUACAUCAUGAAAUAAUAUUUUCCAUCUCAUCAAAACCCAUUACAUAUUUUGACAAGAAGAAUUGGCAAUCAGAAGAAAAACAAAUUUUAUUUUAAGCAAUGUAUUGAUAUUAUUUCAUUGAUAUUUUAAACAUUUUUAAUUAUAAUUGAACAAUUUUACUUCAGUAUUUAUUAUUUAUUAUUGUAACAGACAUCAUGCUAUAAUUGGAAAAAUAAA